AUGGUGGUUUUAUCGAUGCUCCACAAUUACAAAAAAUUCACAUCUCUCCCUAAAAAUGCUUCUCUGCAACUAAACUCCUUUAUCAAAUUUAAGAUGGCUCUGGUCAGCGAGAUCGCAAAGGAAGAAAAACUGAACUUGGAUGCCCCUGAUGGAGAGGAUCACUGGCCACAGAAACCCGAGGUGAAGCAAUGCGAUUACGUCAACUUGCUGAACCGCGUCAGCCUCAUCGAGAGCUCUAUUGUUUCCGUGGUGCAACACUUAGACAAUGCCCUGAAGGAGAUGAGAAGAGUAGAAGAAGCGAAGCUUAUCCGAAUGGAUACGAUGACGAAGCUCAUACGAACUGUUUCCGGAACUGAACCGGAGGAAAGAGCAGAAAAGCUACAAGAAAUUUUGGAUGACGGUCUACAACAGUAUGAAGAACGCAGCGAACAGCAGAGUGACUCGCUGGUGCCAAAGGAGUAAAUAUUAAAGGUGUGU